AUGAGGGACAGGGUCGUAAAGACAAUGAAGAGCAUGCUCCUUUUCCUAAUUUUGCUGCGAGUUGUAUCUGGAAGAAGAACCCAGUUACUUAAGGGCUUACCUGCAACAAGCACUGUUGAAGAAAACUCAGCAGCUGGUGUUUCAGUCUAUGACUUUAAUGUGACUCUUUCUCCAUUGGCUUCUGGUGUUGCAGUUCUCCCUACCAUAGUAAAAUCAAAUCCACUCACAGAAGCUUUUAACAUUGAACCAAAAGGAGGUCUUGAAUUCAGAGUUAUUACCACUGGAAACCCUGUCCUAGAUUAUGAAACUAUGCCAAAGAGCUUUGAUUUGCAGAUUUUUGUUGAAGAUACAGCUGGAAGAACUGACCUUAAUGUAUUGACUAUUCAAGUAACAGAUAAAAAUGAACAUCCUGUAUUUCGAGGAAAUGUGGAAAUUCAAACUGUGACAAUCUAUGUGUUGGAAGGGGUACCUCCAGGACCCAUUUACCAAGUUGAUGCAGCUGAUCCUGAAAAUGCGAAACUCAAAUAUUCUCUGCUCCCUGCAACAGUGCCAUUCUCAAUCAGGAAAAGUGGAGCCAUUUUUUCCACAAAAAAAUUUGAUUAUGAGGAAGAUCCUCAUAGUUACUUUUUAAAUGUAACAGUGACAGAUCCAGAUGGACUCAACUCAACUAAAACAGUGAAUAUUAAUAUAAUUAACAUCAAUGAUGAAAAGCCUUACUUUACCACAAAACAAAGAAUCUACAGGCUUCCAGAGGAGCAAAGCCCAGGCACCAUUGUUGCCAAUAUAACAGCUAAAGAUCCUGAUGAUGAAGAUUCUCCCAGCAGACUUUUCUACAGCAUCCAGUCAUCUGGCAGACAUUUCUCUAUAAACCCAGCAACUGGAGUGUUGCAGGUGACCGGGAGAAUUGAUCGGGAUGCGCUUCCCCUGCAGCUUCAUCCUAACAUCUCACUGAUGGUCCGAGUGGAGGACGGCCUCAGCAGUGAUCAUGCCUGUGAAAUGGAAAUCACAGUCAUUAUUGAUGAUGUCAAUGACAACCCACCAGAAUGCAAUCCCUCUGACUUCAGGAAAGAAGUAAAUGAAAAUACGACUCCUGGGAUAUUUCUUGUUGAUCUUAGAAAUUACUGUAAAGAUAUUGAUGUUGAUCCAUCAAACAACCAAUUUAGUUUCACUGGAUUAUCUGGUUUUGGAAGCAAUAACUUUGCUCUGGAGUCCACUGUGUCUGGAAGACUUGUGAUGACUGGAACUAUUGAUUUAGAAAACCCAGCUAAUCCAGGAGUUGAAGUUUAUACUUUGACUGUCAGGGUGCAAGAUACUGCCCGUCCUAACUACUCAAAUAUCAUCUAUAUUUACAUCAGGAUAAAGCCAGUGAAUGAAUUUUUGCCAGUCUUCCAUAAUUUAUCUUAUGUAUUUAGUGUUUCAGAAAUUACUAAAGUUGGAUCCAGCAUUGGAAGAGUGCAUGCCAUAGACAAGGACUGGCCACCCAAUGUCAUCACUUACUCCAUUGUAGCUGGAGCUGGCAACAGGGAUUACACAAAUAUCUUCUGGAUCAGCCCAACAAAAGGAGAUGUGAGGAUUUUAGCUAGAUUAGACUACGAAACAACUCAGAAACAUGUUUUCACAGUACAGGCCUCAGACCAAGAGAAGUCUACAACAGCAUCAGUAACUGUGAAUGUUUUGGAAGUAAAUGAUGAAGAACCAGUUUGUUCACCCAAUUUCUUCUCACUCCAAAUCCCAGUUGAUUUAGCCAUUGGGACCAAUAUUAAUGGCUUCAGGAUUGAAUGCCAAGAUCGUGAUUCUGAUCCCAGAUCUUUCCGUUACUUCAUUAAUGAAGGCAAUGAGAACAGUCAUUUCACCUUUUCACCAAGUGCUGGUUCCAACACAUCUCAUCUGAUUCUUGCAUCAAGGUUUGACUAUGAGAGUGGAUUUGAUAAAAACUGGAUUUACAGUCUGCGCGUCCACAUAACAGAUGACAAUUUAGCAUCUGCCAGGGACAAAACUACACACUUAAUUAAAACUGGAACAGUGACUUUAAGCAUCAGAGUAAUCCCAAACCCAACUACUGCCACAACCACUACACCUGGCUUCACCGUUGUGACCAAAAGGGAAAACCUCUACUCCCCGUCGGCGUGGUACGUGCCGUUCCUGGUCAGCGCGGGCAGUUUGCUGCUCCUGGCGCUGCUGGGCCGCCUGGGGCUCCUGCUGCUGCCGCGGCUCCGCGCCCGCCGCGGCCCCGGGUGAGUCCCGCGAGGCGCGGCCCCCACAGCGAUAAAUGCUCCAGAAAAGAAGAAGGCUAAGAAAGAAGUGGUUAUGACAAUGACAAAGAUAAACACUGUCUUUGAUGGAGAAGCCAGAGACCCAGUUACUGGCAGAAUGUAUGAGUUCAAUACACGGUCGGGGGCCCGGAGGUGGAAGAAGAGCGAUGAGCUGCUUCAGCCAAUGCCAGCUAUGCAGGUAAUGCCCAGUGCCACAAAAAACAGUGGUCAAGGGGUGGAUAGAGCAGAGGCACCAAGCAAAAAAGAGCCUUCAGAGAAGAAGAAAGAGCUGACUGCAGCACAAAACCAGCUGCCAAGCCCACAGCAUGGCAAUCAGAAACACCAGGCCCAGCUGGACUGAGAUUGCAAAAGAAGAAAGAAGAGUCUGAGGAUGUGGGGUUAUCCUCACCAGGCCCUUAAGGCAGGAACUGACCUCCUCUCCCAAAAUGAACUCUGCUUUGCUAUUAAGCCAGAGUGCAUGAGACUUCAAGGUGCCUCCCAACUGACCCCUGACCUAAGAAUCAGAUGUGAUCUUUCUCUCUCUUUCGGCUGUAAAACAAAUGGUGGCCAUAAGGCGUGUAAAUCAGACUCAAAGGCAGGGUGAUUCUAGAUGUACCUUUGGCAGGUGCAUGUAAGAGGAGGAGAGAAGAGGAAGCAAAGCAAAGUCAUGGACAGAAGCAUUCAACGCCCACUGCCUCCUAUGGGCCCCGGUAAUUUCCUCCUGGAAUGACGCACCACUGGCAGACAUGUUCUGACUGCCUUUGGGAAUGGCAACAUACACAGAUGUGCCUUCUCAACAGUGAAUGGGGUCUCCUGUCCCUGCUAAGCAACCGAAUGAGUGAAGAGCACAGCAGGGUAGAAAUGUUUGCUGGUACAAGGUGAAAAUAUUUUCUUUUCAUUCAGUAUUUGUUUCAGCCCUUCCUUGCCCUCCUAUCUUGCUGUAGAAAAGACCAUGGCUUGAAAGCAGUUCUGGAAUGGAGAAAACCCACAGCUUCUUGUAGUAUCUCAGGCUGUCAAUGCUUUCAGCUUAUUUAUCUUUUGUAACACUAGGAGCAUUCAGUAUCUUCACCUUUGGUAUUUCCUCUGGCACAUUUAAUGCUUUACAGAAUCAAGUAGAAUAUACUCAAAAGAAUAAUGUCAGUAAACACAUGGGGUGAAAUGAUCUUUUCUGAGUGUGAGCAUGUAUAAUGUAAGUGCUAUAUAAAAACCUGAUAUAAAACAAACAAUCUCACCAAGAUUUUAUAAAAUUAUUUUAAUCUGAAGAAAAAUAAUUACAA